GGUGAUGUGUCUUUGUGCUAUUAGUUGCUGCAAAAGACCCAUUUUGCAGAUGGACUGCAUAGGAGGUUUAUUCAAACCAAAUACAACAGAUUUCAGAUUUAACAGAAGAGAGAAAGGAGAGAGACUGGCCAGACCCACGGCUGGGUCAGCCGUUGCCGUGGGUCUGGGUCUACCGUUGCCGUGGGUCUGUCAAUGCUUUCAUAUGAUAGGACCAGAUUGACCCUUUGAUUGUUUCGAUUUGGGGAUUUUGAUUUAGGGUUUGAAUUUAUGUGGGUUUUGUUGAUUGGAUUUUUCUUGAGUUGUUGAUACGUACUUUCAGUUACAGGCUGCCCACGUUCCGUUUGUCGAGGAAAGUGUGAAGGAGGCGGAUAGAGCUUUGAUCUCACACCUUCAUAGGUUGUCCGAGUUCAAGCAAUGCUAUAAGGAUUGCUGUAGAAACUCUGAUUUUGGUUCUGAUUUGCCAAUUGGGUCUUGCUUGGAAGCUCAGUUGCAAGAGAAUCAGAGCAAGCUGCGCACACUCGGGACCGUCUCAAACCGGUUACAGUUGGAGAUUGAUCAGAAAGACAACGAGGUUUUGGCUUUGAGGAAGACGUUGGGUGAGAUUCAGAAGAAAAAAUGAAUAUGAGCGAAGAAGUAAAAACCUUUGUUUCAAUCCUAUUUCAUAAGAUGAUUUUAACUUACGUGUCAACCAGGUAUUGGAGGCUGCAAAACUAGUCUUUUAACUGGAUAGUAGGGGCUCUCUUUUGGAAUUCAGGACAGAAAAGCCGUCAUCGUCCGUAGUGCUAGUGUUGCUACACAUAACAUUACAUUACAUUGCAGCAGUGACCGCCAUAUGGCGGCCACCCGACAGCUUUGCUCCCCGCCUACCCAAAACCCUAACCUCCCUCACUCUCACUCUCACGCCCUCGAAUCUCUUUCUCGACCCUCGGAAAUCAAAUUCUCGAAGAAGAAGAUCAGGAGCCACAGCAUCAGGUGCGAUAUCACGAGCUUCGACUUCGACAAGCCCCAGAACUGGGCCGAUCCGAUUCGCUUGAUUCACAACUCUUCUUCUUCUCACUCGCCCUCUUCCGUGCCAAUGGCCGCGCGCAAUUCGCCUCCUAAGAAUGUGAAGAAGGUCUGCCUGUUCUACUGCGCGGAGACCAAGGCCCUCGCCGAGAGAAUCGCUGCCGAGUCCGAUGCCAUUGAGCUCCGCGGCAUCACCUGGAGAACAUUUGAUGAUGGAUUCCCGAACUUGUUCAUACCCAAUGCGCAAGGCAUUCGAGGACAGCACGUGGCGUUUCUGGCGUCGUUUAGCUCCCCUGGACUGAUAUUUGAGCAGCUCUCUGUCGUUUACGCAUUGCCGAAGUUAUUCGUAUCGUCGUUCACCCUCGUGCUGCCCUUCUUCCCCACGGGAACUUCGGAGCGCAUGGAGGAUGAAGGAGAUGUUGCCACAGCUUUUACUCUUGCUAGGAUUUUGUCGCACAUACCCAUUUCGAGGGGAGGGCCUACUAGCCUAGUUACCUUCGAUAUCCAUGCUUUGCAGGAGAGGUUCUACUUUGGUGAUAAUAUUCUACCAUGCUUUGAGAGCGGGAUACCUUUGCUUAAAAGUAGGCUCCAAGAGCUUCCUGAUUCUGACAAUAUUUCCAUUGCUUUUCCGGAUGAUGGUGCAUGGAAACGAUUUCAUAAGCUACUACAGCAUUUUCCAACGAUUGUUUGUGCUAAAGUUCGGGAAGGAGACAAACGAAUAGUUCGAAUCAAGGAGGGAGAUCCUGCUGGACGGCAUGUUGUGAUUGUUGAUGAUUUGGUUCAGUCAGGUGGCACUCUUAUUGAAUGUCAGAGAGUGUUGGCUGCCCAUGGAGCGACAAAAAUCAGUGCUUAUGUGACACAUGGGAUAUUUCCUAAUAGGUCGUGGGAACGCUUUGAACGUGACAAUGGAGGGAAUCCUGAGAAUGGGCUGACCUACUUCUGGAUAACGGACUCAUGUCCAUUGACAGUAACUGCAGUAAAAAACAAGCCGCCAUUUGAAGUUCUUAGCCUUGCUGGUUCCAUAGCUGCUGCACUUCAAAUAUAAGAGAUGCUUGGGAGCAUCAAGUCACCAGCCUAAUCAUCGUCUUGUGGGGGGAAGUUAGUGCGUUAUAGACAGUGUUCUUUUUUUCUUUUUUUUUUUCCUUCCCCAUUGAACCAUGUUCAAGUGACUUUGGGGUCACCAUCUAUAGAGCAAUUAUGAUAACUAUAACUAUGGGGCGGCAGUUUAGUGGUUGAACAGAUAUUGCUUUGAGCCUUUGAUAGAGUAAAUAAUGUGCUGUUUGCUUAUCGUCUAUGGAGAGAUCUCUGUAGACUUCUGCUUGGAAUAAGAUUUGAAGAUAUGAGGGCCAUUGUGAAACAA